GGGAAUUUGUCCCACACGGCCGGGACUCACAACUCAUGAAGAGAUUGGGUCUAAUCCGAGACAAAAUUCGUAGGUGUUUUAACAACUUGAAUUAUACACGGAUGGGUUGUUGGGGAAAACACGACACCCCGACCUUCACCAGGAUCACGAGCUAAGAAAAACUCUUGGAAAUCCUACAUCCCGCCCAAAUUUUCAUUUAAGAUGUGAUCUGUGCAAGGGUGGAUUGGAAAUAAUUCCACACAUGUUCUUCCUUUGCCCCUUUACUUGCAGGGUAUGGGAAAGGGUUCAGGCAUGGAUUGGUGUUGGGCAUCAGAUGACCACGCUCCUUGGUGCAAUCAAAUGGAUUUCCAAGAUGCACAAAGGAGCAACGGUGAAAGCCAAGGCAGGGAGGCUUGCUUUCUGUGCCACGACCUAUUAUAUUUGGCAAGCAAGGAAUGAGACAAGAUUUGAUGAAGGCAAGAAGACUGAAGAAGAUGUGGUUGCUAAGAUCAAGCACGUGGUUUACAAGAUACUCUUUAGUAUCUACCCGCAUGACUUGAUAAAGUUUUGACGUGGAGUCAAGUUUUGGAUACCACGGCAUAGGCUAUAGAUUGGAUUAUUGUGCGUGCUCCUUGUAGCGCCAUUCAUUGUUUUGACUGUUUUUUGAAUCACCAGCCACGUGCCUAGUGGCCGUUUGGACUUAGACAAGAUGAUUAGCCUCUCUUCAACCUCUCCUUUUCCUUUGAAAUGGGAAAGGGUGGGGGGCUAUUACUUU